AUGAUGAAAAUAAUAUCCAUCUUUAUGCUUUAUAUCGUACUAAUGAUGACAAUUCAAUCAAUCGAGUCGCGACCCCAAAAUGCACUCGGCAACGAUCAGGAUCUAGAUAAUUUUGGACAGGAUGUCGACGAAGUGCGUAAUAGCUACUAUGAGCUCCCAGUGCCUUCAACUUACUCUGCCGUUCCUUUUGAUCGUCUGCAAAUGUUAAUCGCGCAAUAUAGACCUACAUCUUAUAUUCGCACACCUGGGUGGAGCAGCGGCAUGAACGAACUUUUCCGUAUGCCUGAGACAAAACGCCAAGUCAGAUAUCGUCAAUGCUACUUUAACCCUAUUUCCUGCUUUAAAAAAUAAAAUGCUUUGUGAUGUAACCAAAAAUACGAACUCCAAUACAAAUGACGAAACUUUCUUACAUACAUAUAUAAGCUUGUAAUUGUAAAUAUAUGUUAAACGUAAAUAACAAAAAUGUUUAAAAUAUUAAGCAGUUCGCUAUUUAAAAAGUAACUUAGAAUCAACAUUUCAAACAGAAAGCUUCUUUGAUCCUCCUCAAUAUUUACAUAUGUACAUCAUAAUAAAGUGUUUUUCCUACCUUCCUUCACAUAUUAACUAAUGUUGAAUGCCAUAAAAGUGUAUCCAAAAAUAUAUCUAAAUGUAUAUAAGUGCAUUAUUAUAGUAUACAGAUAUUAAUAAUCAAAAUAUACCUACUUCUUAAGAACUCAUUUUUUCUUUUUAUUUUAAGAAAAAAUAAGUAAAAUAGUAUAUGUAUGUAGAUAUUAAAUUACUAAUAAAUAAUUACCUCACAGCUCAUUACAUGCUUUUAAAGUACAAUUAAAUGUUGUAACAUUUAGACCAUAUAUAUGUAUAUAAUUUAUUGAUCUGUAUAUGUAUCUUUAUUUAACUGCUUUAAUUUCAUUUAAGACGGAAUGUAUAUGAUGUGGUAAAUUCAUGCAUAUAUAAAAUGCACACUUAUAUUCCACCACUUUAACAAUUCAGAUAUAAAAUAUUUCUAAUCAACACAUUCAUUUAUUUUUAUUUCGAGUAUUUGCAAAACAUGAACCAAUCAUUGUGCAUAUUAUUUUAACACUGAAUAAAAUAAUACCUUUGCGUAUGAAUAACUAAAUAAUAAUAAUAAAAAACGGAGUGUGAAAUUAA